CUCGCAACAUCUUGUCCUAACAAGAAGAAGACACUUGCUUUCAAUUGUUUAUUAUUGACGGAAACUAUUUAAUUGUGCAAAAAUUAUAAGAAAAAUCAAUAUUGCCCUCGACGACAAUAAUAUUGCCCUCUGCUAAAAAUGUCCGAUAAACAAUUUACUAAACGCAAGUGGCUUUUUUGGACCAGAGAUAUGAUAGAGAAAUUCAUAGAACUCUUAAAGGAACAUGAAUGUUUAUACAAUAAUAAAAACAAAUUCUACUAUAAUCGUCACAUUAAGGACGAAAUAUGUGAAUAUAUUCUGCAUGAAAUGCAAAAGGAUAAACCUGCCAUACAAAUAGGAGACAUACGACGCAAAAUGAAAGUAUUACGCACUCAAUAUGCUCGCGAGAAUCGUAUGUUGUCUUUGGCACGAGUCCAUGGAAAAGUGUAUGAACCGAAGUUGUGGUGCUAUCAUAAGUUAUCAUUUUUGGAGAAGCAUACAACAUGUGUUACGUCAAUAAAUAACAAGGAAACGCCAACAUCCCAUGACGAGACCAAUACAUUUUCGGAUGAAGAAACAUUUAACUACGACGACAACGAAGAUAAUUCUUUGCUAAUGGAGAUAUAUAAAAAGGAGGAUGUGCUUGCCGAUAAUGUCGAUGAAGCUCAAUACGAAGAGGCUGCAAAAACCAAUGAAACUAUUUAUGAAGAAAACAAGACCACGCCAAAAGUCGAAAACGUAGAUCUUAAUGAUAAUAAUAAAAAGCAAUCAAGUGGAAAAUAUGAUUGGGUUGGAGAUUUAGUUGUUUCACAAAUGGAAGAUAUAGAUGAAUCACAACGUGGAGAUUUUGUAUGGGAUAUACAGUGUUUGGUAAGAAAGUAUCUAAUGAAAUCAAAAGUAACUAAUGAACAGGCGGCUAAGUCCAGUAAACCAAACGAAGCGGAGGAAACAGCAACAACAACAAAAGAUGUAACAUUUCAUAAGGGUUCGAAUAUUUCGGUAAAUGUUAAUUUUUUAUAAACUAAUUGUACUUACGUAUUUACCUAAUAAUAAUGCGGUGUGACAAAAUUACAUAAAGUGAAUAUGGUAUUCACGUAACCGAGUGCAAUACUAA